UUUAUUAAUACGUGCAUACUUAAACUUUGAUAAUAUCAUAUAUAUUAUCGCAAAAUUAAAAUUUCUUUUAAUAGUAUAUCAUCCUUAUAGACAUCAAGAAUAAAUAUAAUGAUAAAUACAACGUUAAAUAAAAUUGAAUAUGAACAAGAUAAAACAAAUAUAUAUGUUUCUUUACUUAAAAAACAUUACUAUUUUCGUAAGCGAUCACGAAUCGGAAAAUAUAUUAGAACGAUCGAGCCAGAACAUAAACGCCAAUAGCUACUCUCAAACGUAACAUUGUAUCUUAUUAUAUCUUUCUUAAUAACACGAAAUAGAAGUAUUCAAGCUAAUUGCCAACGAAUACAAAAGUUGAUUUCACUUUCCACAAAAUUAUAAAGUGUAUUUUGAUUCAGAGGAAUAACGGUGACAGAUACACAUUAACAUGAUAUAUAUAAUUGCUUUGUCAGUGAUAGCGGGUGUUCUAGGUGUAUAUUAUUAUUUUUCCAAAGAUAUGAAUUAUUUUAAAAAACAUGACAUAUAAAAAACAUGAUAUAUUGUAUAAGCCACCACUUCCUAUACUGGGAAAUAUGGGACCAUCAAUUUUUGGUCUCAAAUCGACAGCCGAACUUAUUAAGGAAUUUUACGAUUUGAAUUCUGAAGCGAAAUAUGUCUGGCGUAUUUGAUAUGCCGACUACUCCAAUGAUAGUGGUGCGUGAUCCCGAGCUUAUUAAAUCCAUUACGAUAAAAUACUUUGAUACGUUCCCGGAUCAUCAGAGCAUCUUGGCAGAUGAAACGAUGGAAGAUCCAUUAUUUGGCAAAAAUCUUAUAUUUCUCCAUGGAGAGAGAUGGCGGCAGAUACGAUCCUUAUUGAGCCCAGCCUUCACAUCUAGCCAAAUGAAAAGUAUGUUCAAGUUAAUGUCAGAGUAUGCUGCUGAUUUCAGCACUUUCUUGGCGCAAUUGCCACCAGAACAGAGGAUGAUGCAAAUGAAAGAUGCCUUUAAUAGGUAUACUAACGACGUGAUUGCUACUUGUGCUUUUGGAAUCAUCGUUGAUUCCAUGAGAAAUCCAAAUAACGAAUUCUACGUACACGGCAAAGAGGCGACGGUUUUCAACGCUAUGGUUUUAAAAUUAUGCAUAUACAGAUUUUUGCCUUGGCUGGCGCGAUUAAUAAAAUUGAGAUUGAUUCAUCAGAAAGUAACAGACUUCUUCCGAGAUCUUGUGGAAAUCACCAUAAAAACUAGGAACGAGAAACAUAUUGUUCGGCCUGAUAUGUUGCAAUUGAUGAUGGAAAAUAGGGAUAAAGAAGGGAAGAUAGAAUUGUCUAUCGAAGAUAUGGUAGCACAAGCGUUUAUCUUUUUCUUCGCUGGCUUUGAGACUACUUCAACGUUAAUGUCUUUCGUUGCUCAUGAAAUCGCUGUAAAUCAGGAUGUACAAGUAAAACUUCAAAAUGAGAUCGAUCGGGUCUUGGAAGAAAAUAAUGGACAAGUACUUUACGAGGCUGUUAACGCUAUGGAAUAUUUAGACGCUGUGAUCUGCGAAGCUCUUCGAAUGUAUCCGAUUCUUGUGGCAGUAAACAGAGUAUGCGUAAAAGAUUUCGAGUUACCGCCGUCAUUACCAGGAUUGAAACCUUUUACUAUAAAGAAAGGACAGAGUGCAUGGAUACCGAUUUACGCACUUCAUCACGAUCCUAAAUAUUUCGAAGAUCCGGAAAAGUUUGAUCCCGAACGAUUUCUUGGUAAGAAAAGGAAAGACAGUCUCAACUGCGGAGCUUAUCUUCCUUUCGGUCUUGGUCCCAGAAUGUGCAUAGGUAAUAGAUUCGCAUUGCUAGAGACGAAGGUUUUGCUUUUUCAUCUACUAGGCCGUUGCAAUUUAAAAAUCUGCGAGAAGACACCGAUACCGAUCAAACUCACUAAAAGUUGUUUUACUUUAGUGCCUGAAGGUGGUUUUUGGUUGAAUGUGAAACCAAGAAAAAAUAUGCAUUACACCAUUGCAGCUAAUUUAAGUAAUUAAGUAAUUACGGUAA